AAAGGGUAUUAUGAGAACUGCCCAGGGUGUAAGAUGGAGCAGCAGAAGCAGUUGCAGAGAGGUGUUCCCAUCAAAAUGCUCAUCACCCUUUGGACUAUUGUCUUUUGCACGGCACUCCCAAUAUCAUCUAUCUUUCCCUUCCUUUAUUUCAUGAUAAGAGAUUUCCAUAUUGCAGAGACAGAAGAGGAUAUUGGUUGCUAUGCAGGCUCGGCAUUCAUGCUUGGAAGGGCAUCUACGUCUUUAUUAUGGGGGUUGAUUGCGGAUCGAUAUGGCCGAAAACCAGUGAUUAUAUUUAGCACUAUUUCAGU